GUGUGAGUGUGUGAGAGGGAGAAGACAGACGUGCUGGUGUUGACAUGGCGAGUGUGUGGCGUGCGGUGUGUGUUCUCCUCUGUCUCAGCGCGUGUGUGUGGGACCGAGUGUGUGUGGACACAGAAGAGGAGAUCCCAGAGGAGAAUGACGUCCUGCGACUCAAGAAGAGCACCUUUGACCAGGCCCUCAAACGCUACCCCAAACUCCUCGUGCACUUCUAUGCACCACUGUCAGGCGAGUCCAUGAGUUCCAUCAUGGAGUUCUCAAAGGCCUCUGCCCAGCUGAAGGAGACGACAAGCACCAUUACACUGGCCGGAGUGGACGUGUCCAAGGAGAAGGAGUUGGCAGCGCAGCUCAACGUCACGGCCAUCCCUUCCAUACGCCUGUACCUGUCGGCUGACAAACACAACCCUGUACACUGCCCUGCUCUCAGAGACGCUGACGCCAUCCUGACCUGGCUAAAGAGGAGAGAGGGCCCCAGUGCUGAUGUCAUCGAGGGCCUCGGCCAAUUAAAGGACUUCAGCGAGUCACAUGAUCUGGCAGUGCUGGGACUGUUUAAGGACCUUGAACAGGGGAUGGUCCAGGUUCUCUUCUCUGUUGCAGCUGAGGUGGCGGAUCUCCCGUUUGGAGUCACACACAGCAGUGAUGUCUACACACACUACAACAUCAACACAGACUGUGUGUUACUGCUCAAAAAGGGUAAGCUGGACAGUAAGCUAGAGAUGAGUGAUGACAUCACUGCAGAGGCUCUGACUGACUUCAUCAGAAUCCACGAGUUUGACCUGGUCAUGGAGUACAAUGGAAAGACCGCUCCUCAGAUCCUGAACUCUGUGGUGAAGAAUCACCUGGUGCUCUUCAUCAACAAGACGGAGGAGAGCUUCACACACACACUCAGCGAGUUCCACAACACGGCCACACACUUCCGGGGUCAGGUCCUGUGUGUGUUGAUUGACACUGAUGAGCCGCGUAACGGCCGUGUGAUGGAGUUCUUCUGAAGUGUUUGUGUGUGUGUGCGUGUGUGUAGGUCCUGUGUGUGUUGAUUGACACUCGAUGAGCUUCACCCAGAACGGCCGCACAAGGUGGUGGAUGGAGUUCUUCCCAAGGUGUUAAUGUGUGUGUGUGUGUGUGUGUGUGUGUAGCCCAGACUGCAGAGUGAGCCUAUUCCAGAAGAAUGGGACAAGCAGCCUGUGAAGGAGCUGGUGGGACUGAACUUUGAACCAUUAAGCCUUCGAACAACUAGCGUCUUGGUGCUUUUCUAUGCACCGUGGAGUGAGGAGAGCCGCGCCCUUUUCCCGCUGUGGGAGGAGCUUGCGCAGCGCCAGAACUACGACAACGUAGACGCUAGAUCGGCGACGCCAACGUAUGUCAACAUCAGACUACAGGAGAAGCCCCCGUCAAUCAAAAUCUUCCCUGCUGUUUAUGCAGAAAGGGUCAUCCACUACACUGGGGAUCGGACAGCAGAUGCUGUGGUGGAGUUUGUGCAACAGGAGAUGAAGAGAGCAAAGAAGGACAAAGCCAAGGAGGACAGGGAGAGGAAGAAGUACAUUGAAAAAGUCAAAGCACAAGAAGCAGCUGAGAAGAAAGAUGAACUUUGACCUCUCUAUCACACACACUCACACACACACACACACACACUUAAAGACACAUUCAUAAUACCAAUAUAAACUACCUAAACACAUACUACCUACGGAAAAACACAAACCUUUAAACACACACAUAUCAACAAUACAAAAACUACACACACACACACGAGGAGAUGAAAGAAUCUUUCUGUUACUCAGCCAGGUGGCAUGUGAUUGGUCAGAGAUGACACUUGUUUGUGAUUGGUCAGAGGUUUAACACUGGGCUGUGACUGGCCAGUGAUGAUUAAACUUGAUAAACCCCA